AAAUAAAGAUAUCUCAAUCGCGAUUUAAUCGAAAUCGUGGUUUUUUUAUAUAUCUUCAGUUGCAAAUCAUUCUGACUCGACAAAUUGGAUAACAAUUGAAAAAAGAAAGUGAAAUAAUUUUUUUUUCGCCCCUUCCCCUCCCCCACUGUAUUUGAAUAAAGUUUAGAUCGUCUUUGUAGCAUCAUUGUAAAUAAAAAAGAAAAAAAUAGUCAGUCAAUCGUGGUCCACGAAGUUAACCGGUUUACUUGGUCUUUCCACGUUCUCUGCAUAUAUCUACAAUUCUGUGUCACAUGUGAAUGCUUCAUCUGUAUAUUAUAGUUGUGUGUUAAGAUCAACCUUUCGUUCAGUCAGUGUCAGAAUGUUCAGCCAGACAGAAUGAUCUUGGUUGGUACAUUUGGCGUGACUUUCAUUAUCAAAAUAUUUAACUUUUAUCGAGUUUAAUUCAGUUUUUCAGUUCAAGUUCACAAACAGAGAAAUGAUCCUGACGUAAUUUUAGAGAAAUUUUCAUCAUGAGCGAUGAUAAGCCAUCAACACCGCCAAUUUUGCCUCCAGCUAGGAAACGAGUACAAUUGGAACGUGCAUUUAGUAUGCAAUCACCAAUGGUAAAAACUCCUCCAUGUCAAAAAUCAAAAUCAGCAACUUCUUUACUUUUAACACGUUGGCUUGUGUCUAAACGACCAGUAACACCGGAACAUGAAGAUGAUACAUGGACAUUGGAUGAUCGUUCAAUGGAAUAUGGUACACCACCGCCUGUUGAUGAACCACAUUGUUAUUCCAUGUGCAUUAGUGAAAGUUCAAUAAGCGAUGAAAAAAAUUGUGCAGUACAGGUGACAAAUGAUUUAAUAAGAAAUCUUCUCGUUGAACAUAUGAGAGGAGUUGGUGGUCGAUUACAAUUAUUGGAUGAUUUAGAAACAUUAAAAAUAACCAUUGACAGUGUUGAAGAGCUUAGUGUUUAUAAAUUAUCGGAAAUAAAUGCACUUCUUUUGCAUGCAAGUUUUUUAGGUCGUGGUGAUUUAAUACCAGGAUUGCAUAAAUGCGGCGCUGACUUAAAUCACUCUGAACAAGAAUUAGGAUUGACGGCUCUACAUUUGUGUGCUUAUAGUAAUUCUCUGACGGGUGUAAAAUAUCUCAUUAGUAAUGGAGCUAAUAUUAAUUCACGAAAAGCGCAUACACCAUUUCAUUAUGCUGCAUUUGGAGAUUCAUUUGAUGUUGCACAGCAUUUUAAACAACAGGGAUUUAAUCAAGAAUCACCAUUGGGUGAUGAAUCGGUAUUACAUUCAGCUGCUAGAAGUAAUGCAUUAAAUGUUCUUCACUUGUUGGCUGCCAAUAAUCCUUCAUUGAAUGUUAAGGAUAAAAAUGGUUAUGCACCAAUUCAUCAUGUUGCUGAUCGUGGUGAUUCGAUGUGCCUUGAGGUUUUAUUGUCAAAUGGUUGCCAAGUGGAUUUACCAUCGAAAAAAGGUGAUACUGCUUUACAUUUAGCGGCAGAGGCUGGCUGUGUGGAAAAUGUUGAAUUGUUACUGAAAAAUGGUGCAAAUGUUGGUAAGAAAAAUUUUCGUGGACAAACACCAUUACAUUUGGCGGCACGUUCACAUUGUCUCGAGUGUGUUGAGGUUCUGCUUCAAAAAGCAAAUAGUGAUCCAAAUGCAGAGGAUAAUGAUGGAAGGACACCAUUACAUCUUGCUUUAGGAAGAUCAUUGCUCGCUUAUGAUGUGAGUGAUUUAUUAAUAACUCGAAUGGCGAAUGUUAAUAAAUCAGAUAAAUAUGGAUAUACACCGCUUCAUGUUGCCGCUGUUAAUGAAUUAUCCCAAUGCGUUGAUAUUCUAAUAAAACGUGGAGCCGAUUUGAGUGCGCGUACAAAAGGUGGAACAACGGCUUUGUCGAUAAUUUUACGUAAAACACCAACUUCGUUAAAUGUUUUUAAGGAGAAAUUGGAUUCAUCGAUAACUCUCCAUCAGCAUGGUUCGGCAACGGGUGAAGUUGAAUUGCGUCUUGAUUUUCAUCCAUUGUUGCAGCAUCAGGAGCAAGGGGAGAUUGGUUAUUUAGGAACAUUUGUAAAAGAAGGUUAUAAAGAAAUUCUCGAACAUCCAUUAUGUCAAUCGUUUCUUUAUUUGAAAUGGGAGAAAAUUCGUAAAUACUAUGUGGGACGUUUAUUGUUUUAUUUGUUGUAUGUUUUGGUGUUGACUGCAUGGGUGAUAACGGCAUUGGCUCAUAAUUGUUAUAAUGAAUCACAUGGACAAUUGGACAAUCCAGCAACGCCAUUGUGUGCAAAUUCAACGGGAUUGAAUAAUUUUCUCUAUACGAAUCCAAUUGUUUUGGAAAUUGAAUGGUACGCAUUGGUUGUAUUGACGGUAUUGGAGUGUUUAAGAAAAUUAGCGGGUAUUUUUACAUAUUCAUCGGUGAGGCAAUUUUUCACACAAGCUGAAAAUAUGGUGGAAUGGUGUGUUAUUGUGAGUGUAUUUGCUACAUCUUUUGUUUAUACGGGAAGGACUUAUACGUGGCAGAGUCAUGUUGGUGCAUUUGCUGUUCUUUGCGGUUGGAGUAAUUUGAUGUUAAUGAUUGGACAAUUGCCAAUGUUUGGUGCCUAUGUUGCAAUGUUUACAAGUGUUCAGGCACAGGUUUUUAAAUUGUUACUUGCUUAUGCUUGUCUCUUGGUGGGUUUUACGGCGAGUUUUUGUGUUAUUUUUCCAAGAUCAAAAUCAUUUAGUAGUCCACACACGGGUUUGAUUAAAGUAUUGGUAAUGAUGACGGGUGAAUUGGAUUUUGAAGAAUUAUUUUUUCCUGAAGAAGAAGGUGGACGUCCUGUUGAUGUGGGUGGAACAUCUUGGAUAUUGUUGCAAGUUUCGGCACAAUUGUCAUUUGUAUUAUUUUUGUUGUUUGUCACAAUUGUUUUGAUGAAUUUAUUGGUUGGCAUUGCUGUUCAUGAUAUUAAGGGAUUACAAAAAACGGCAGGAUUGGCAAAACUUGUGCGACAAACAAAACUAAUUUGCGAUGUUGAGGCUGCAUUAUUUUUGGGUCUUGUGCCAAGGCGAUUAAUGAAAUUAUUACGAUGGACGGCAUUGGUUCUUCCAUCACCACUAAAGGCUGUGUUGACUGUUCGACCAUUAAAUCCAAGGGAAAAAAGACUUCCACAGGAGGUUUUAACCGCGGCACAUAAAGUGGCGAGGGAGAAAAAAUUUAUUUCCGGCACAAUGUCGAAUAAAAGUAAUAAUUCUACUUUUGCGUAUUUGAAACAUGAUAUGUAUUCAUCAAUCAGACGUGAUGGAAAUUAUGAACAAUUAUUGAGCGAAAAUAAUGUUAAAUUGAGAAAUCAAGUGAUGGAAUUGAAGAAAAUUUGUCAGGAAAAUCACAAACUUAUUCAAGAUCUUGUCAUGGCACUUGCGUUGGAUCAACGAUUCAAUCCAAAUGCAAUUACAGAAAGUUUGAUAAAAGCACUCCCUCGACAAAUUUUGUCAAUAACUCAGAAAUCACCACCUGAUCGAAUCUUCUGUCGUUCCGAGAGUUCAACGUCAUUCUAUAAACUUGGUAAAAAUGACAACACUCAACCACCAUGUCCUCUACUCAAUGAAGAAACAAAACCACGUCACUAUUCUGUGGGAUGUCUUUAUGAUCAUGUGAGUAAACAGGAUCCCUUUUUUAAGGGAAUGGCAGCACCAAUCUACAGAUCCAUCAAGCCAACAUGCAUUGAAAAAGGUCUCGACAACAAGGAAACAAUAACGGAACCAAUUGAAAUUGAUGCCGGUGAACCACCACCAGUUGAUGAUUCUCUAUUUUUCGACAAUCUCGAAGCAUUGAAACACAUGAAAGUCGAUGGUACAAGUCUAAUGACAAAAAUUUGGUCCUCACUUAAUGUGACCGAAAUGAAACUUCUCCUUGAAAUGGAACGUGGUAAUAUUACAAAAUUAAAAAGCGGUAAAUUAUUUCAAAAUUGUCAUGAGAAUUUUAAAAAUAUUGCAUUUCUCUGGGCAUGUUUUCGUGGUUUAAUUCAUCUAUUGCCAAUUCUCGAAUCAAUUGGUUGCGAUAUUCAUUAUAUUGAUCAUGUGACAGGUGCAAAUUCCAUAAUGGUCGCGUGUGUCUCGGGCAAUAUUCCAUGUUUGGAAUAUUUAAUAAAAAAAAGCGUUGACGUAAAUCAUACGAGUCUUGUGAAUAAUUACACAUGUUUGCAUAUUGCCGCUAUUGCCAAUUCACGUGACGCUGCCGAAAUUCUUCUCAAUAAUGGAGCAAAAUUACAUACACUCAAUUCACAUGAUGUUGAACCAAUUCUUCAUUCGAGUAUUAAAGCACAAUCUGAAUCAGUGGUUGAAUUAUUGCUUGCAAAAGGUAUAAGUUUAGCGGAAAAAAAUCGUCUUGGCGAGACACCACUUCAUGUUGCUUGUUUUGUUCAGUCGUUGAAUUGCGCGCGAAUGCUUCUUUCAACUCAGGGUACCGAUGUUAAUGCCGUUGAUCGUAUGCAUCGAACACCAUUGCAUUAUGCCGUAAUGAAUACAUCAUCAUCGGCUGAACUUGUGAAACUUUUAUUGAAACAUGGAGCACAAGUGAAUGUUUUUGAUAAGACGAGUUUUUCACCGCUACAUAUUGCAUCAUUAAAUGAAUUGUCACAUUGUGUUGAGGCAUUGAUUUGGGCCGGUGCCGAUGUUAGUGCAACCACUAAUUCUGGACUCUCGGCAUUAAAUAUAAUUCUUCGAAAAAUACCCGAAUCAUUGCAGGUGUUUCGUCGUCGUUUAGAUGCAUCAAUUCGAUUAAAACGACCAGUUCCACAUAAUCGUGAAUUUGAAAUGAAAAUGGAAUUUGAUAUAUUAUUUCCAAGUAAUAAUCAUUGUGAGACAAGUUUUAUUAAUACUUUUGUUCAAGAGCAUUGUAAGGAUCUUUUAUCACAUCCACUUGUCAUGGCAUUUCUUCAUCUCAAAUGGGAGAAGAUAAGAAAAAUUUAUCUUCUUCGAAUUUUCUUUUAUGCAUUGACAGUGAUUUGUAUGACGACAUAUGUACUCACAGCAUUGGCAUAUAAAUGUUAUAAUACUGACGAGGCAAUUAAUAGUAAAAUUUGCAAUAAUAAACGUGUCUCGAGUUUUUUAUUUAGAAAAUCAGUGAUUGAAAUUGAAUGGUAUUUGUCAUUGAUAUUAACAUCAGUUGCGAUACCGCGAAAAGUUAUGGCAUUCACAGUUUAUAAAUCGAUAAAACAAUAUUUUUCAAAUAUUGAAAAUAUUCUCGAUGCAAUUGUUGUUAUAAGUGUUUUUCUCACUUCUUUCAUUUAUACGGGACGCACUUACGAUUGGCAAAAUUAUAUUGGAGCUUUUGCUAUUCUUUGCGCGUGGACCAAUCUCAUGUUAAUGGUUGGUCAACUUCCUGCUUUUGGUACAUACGUUGCAAUGUUUACUCACAUACAAUUUGAAUUUGCCAAACUUUUAUUAGCCUACUCAGGACUUCUCAUUGGUUUUACAAUAAGUUUUUGCGUUAUAUUUGUCGGUGAACCAUCAUUUGGUAAUCCAUUCACAGGUUUAAUUAAAGUACUGGCAAUGAUGGCGGGUGAAUUGGAUUUCGAGGGAUUAAUAAAUCAAGCUGAUUUAAUGACUGAUGGUUCAUUUGUCAUUUAUCAUCCGCUUUCGGUUUGUUCGCAAAUUUUGUUCACUCUCUUUAUUGUAUUUGUAACGGUGAUUUUAAUGAAUCUUUUGGUUGGCAUUGCCGUACAUGAUAUACAGGGUUUACGUAAUCAUGCUGGUCUUACAAAAUUGGUACGUCAAACAAAAUUAAUUCUCUUUACGGAAAUGGUCCUGCAUAAUGGACGAAUUCCAUAUUUAUUUCGAAAAUGGAUGUCCGAUCACAAUAUCGAUGUGGAAAAUCGAAAACGAGUUCUUAUUGUAAAACCAUUGAAUCCGUUGGAAAAACGAUUGCCAAAAGAUAUUUUAAAAUCGGCAUAUGAUAUUGCACAGAAAAAUGGUCCAUUAAUUAAUGAGGAUAAUGAUGAUUUGUGUGAAUUUAUUUCAUGGAACAAUCAACUUAGUGAAGAUGGUUCCGAUUCUGAUGUACAAUUGGCGGUUGAAAAAUUAACAUUACAAAUAAAAUCUAGUGAAGAGGAAAUUCAUUUCAUUAAGGAUCAAUUAUUAGACACUAAGAAAAUUUUAGAAAAUUUGAUUUUAAAAGUAUUAAAGUAAAUACGCAAAUAAAUAACAUUCGAAUAAUAAUUAAUUCGAAUGAAAAAUCCAAAGAAGUUAAAAAAAAAUAAAUUUUGUCUCGUAAAAUUUAUUUUUUAUUCAAACGAAUAUAAAAUUUUUUAAUUCACUUUAAAUUUUUAUAAUUUAAUAAUAAUUGCAAUAUAAUUUGCAUUUAAUUUCUCAAUUUUUAUAUAGUGUUCAUUUAAUUUUUUUACGAUUCACUUACAUGCAUUAAGAAAUAUUUGUAAAUGUAAAUU